GCAGCAGUCACACCACAAGUUACAAGUCCCUUCCUUUUCAACCCACAGCCCCCUUUCUUCUUUCUUGUGUUCCUUCUUCACAACUCCUGCUAAUUGGAAACAGGAUUGAAAACAGGAAACAGCUGAGUUUUUCUCCUACCCUGUCUCCUCAAAUCUUUCAAAAACACAAAUUAAUUUCCUGAAGAAGAGAAAGCAAUGGCCACCGACCCUUGGGUCGCCCUUCACCUUGAAAGAGACGAUUUGGUUGCUGAUUUCUUGGUUCGAAUGUCACAGGGUGACGCGCAGGAGCCACUUAGCCCCAAUCAAGGCGUUCCUCCGCCUCCGCCUCCGCCUCCACGACCACGGUUGCCACCACGGCCGUAUUUUGAGCUUCCACUUACAGAUUCCUGUCGAAGUUGGGGGGUUAAGAGGCGGCGGUCAGGCAUAGAGGAGACUGGAAAUCUUACCCAUGGGAUGGGGCGGUCAGGCAUAGAGGAGACUGGAAAUCUUACCCAUGGGGUGGGGCGGUCAGGCCAUGGGGCUGGGAAUCUGACCAACAUAAAGGAUGGGGGCGUCGUGCAAAAGCUAGAGGAGACUGGAAAUAUUACCCAUGGGGUCGGGCGGUCAGGCCAUGUGGCUGGGAAUCUGACCAACGCAAAGGAUGGGGGUGUUGUGAAAAAGCCAUCGAGCCCUUUGUCCCCGCUCUUUUGGGGUGCUGCUGCGGAUUGUGCUGCUGCUGAUUGUGGCAAUGGAAAUUGGUCAGAUUCAUCAACCCAUCGCAGUGCUGUGCUGUCUGUUAAGGUUCCUGUAGAUGCGGGCCCUAGUAAUGGUAAACCACCCAUUAAGCGACCCUCCAAGAAGAAGACAUCUGAUGAACUCAAUGAAGAGGUUAGUGCGCUGUUGCGGAAGAAGAUGGAGUUGGAGAAGAGUGUGGAGGACUUGCGGAAUCAGCGCAAAUGUCUAAGCGAGGAAAACAUAAGCUUGAAGAAGAAGCUCAAGAUUGAGACUUCAGAUCGCGUUCCAUUUCUUGACUUGAACGUCCCCCUUACAGAUUUAGAGUAGCUAUGCCGAAUUAGUCCAGUUGAUCGUAUUGGAUGCAACAUGCACUUGGUGCUAUAUGAGAAGCCGCUAUAUGAGAAGCCUCAACUGUACAUAGUACACAUGCAUCUCAUCCAUGCACCAGUGGAGAUUGACCAAAUUUUUGGAGUGUUCUCAGACUUCCUCUUUGGUCUUGAUAGGAGUUAAGUACUAGAGAUGGAGAUAUAAUAUAUAUAUAUAUAUAUAUAUAUAUUAUAUACAUUGGCAAUUUUUGGAGUGGCUCGUGGCAAUAAUUUAUUUGCGCUUUUCAUAUUAACUGAUGACUGCAACAUUCUAAUUUUUUUCAGGUAGUUAUUGA